AUGUUCUGGACAAGAAACCUCGGCUGGAGAACUUCCUAUCAGAGGAAUACCAUCUCCUUUUAUGGCUGCCUGGCUCAGUCUUACUUCUAUUUCCUGCUGGGCAUUUCAGAGAAUGUCUUGUUGGCCAUGAUGUCCUGCGUUCAAUAUGUGGCCAUAUGUUACCCACUGAACUAUAGCACUAUCAUGAAUAGAAAGGUCUGUGUCUGGUUGGUGAUGGGAUCAUGGAUGUGGGGAUUCUUCUCCAUCUUGGCCCCUACCAUGAUCAAACUUGAAUUGCCCUGCUGUGGCCCCAACAUCAUCAACCAUUUCUUCUGCUAUCAUGCCCCCUUGUUAUACCUCGUCUGUGCCGUCAUCCGGCUGGUGGAAUUCAUCGACUUCAUCAUCUCGCUGUCUGUGUUGCUAGGCUCCCUGCUGCUGAUGGUCAUCUCCUACAUGUAUAUUAUCUGCACCAUCAUCUGUAUCCCAUCUGCCAAGGGCAGGGAGAAAGCUUUCUCCACCCGUGCAUCUCAUUUCACUGUGGUUACCAUUAGCUACAGCACCUCCAUCUUCAUCUACAUUAGGCACUCGCAGCCCCCCUUCUUUGUGUGGCUUGUCCCCUGUCUGGUACUGAGAGAAAACCAGAUGUGGUUUUGUCCAGUAUCACAGACUAGGGAGGCAUGCAAGGUCACACUGGUGGAUGGGGCCACAGCUUUCCCAGAAGUACCAGAAUGUCCGAUAUUCCUGGAAUGCAUCAGUGGACAACCUAGUUGA